AUGCUCAUUCACAAGAAGGAUAAACCCCACGUUUGCCCACACUGUGGAAAAGGAUUCAAUACCGGCCAACAGAUAUCUAGACAUUUGGUUGCACAUCGGAACCAUUCGAUUAGAACUUAUGAAGAUGGCGGUGGUCGAAAAGUGACAGGGACGAAGACUCAGGCAGUGGAGUUUGAAGAGGUAGCCAAGUCUUCUAACGAUUCCUUAUUCAACUUAGCUUAUACUGUUUACCGAGACUUCUCCACGGAGAAAAGUAUUGGAGGUGAUAGUGGAGGUGACGGGGAUGUUGAUCACGGUUCAAAAUCCUCUUUGAUUUCAGUAGAUUCCUCCACAUAUAACUCCGGUCCUCUAUUAGGAACUCCCUCUUCAGGGACUUUUGAGAAUGCAGACCCUGCUGCUUCUAAAAUUAGUUUAUCUGAUUCUCAAAGCAUAGCCGAUUUAGUUUGGGAGAUUAAUAGCAAGUCUUCAGUUGCAACUUCGAACAUCAGCACACCGACUCCAGGAGCAAGUGAAACAACUAGAAUGAAUGAUAGCAACGAUAUUUCCGCCGACUUCGACCUUUUGUUACAGAACGGCCAAGUUUGGUGGUGCAAAGACGACGCCUGUCAUGGAAUCAUAGGCUAUGGGUCGAUAGGCGAAAUCAUCUCUCAUUAUUACACAACUCACCAUUACGUUCCCGAGGACCUACACAUAUUGUAUGAGGAUUUAGUCUCGCGUCCUCCAGAGAACGAUUUGGACCCAAAUGUUGAUCCCAUCUACUUCUACUUGCCAGGCACUGGUUGUCCAGUCAAUGUGCAUUUAAUGGAGGAUACAAACACCAGCAUAUGGUAA